CUGUCCGUCUGUUAGAGGAUUGUAUUCCGAAAUAAAAUGUUUCCAUUAAUCGUAACUCGACGAAAUAAUUACUACAAGUGGCAAACGAAAGAGGAAAAUGUGUUAUGGUUGUCAGUUCCGUGCAAUCAGUGAGAUACUUCAGCUUACUUCACCAGUCAGAAUUAUUGUGUACUUUAUGAAUAGGAUAGAGUGCUACUCAGAUAUUGAGCUGCAGACGGGCUUGUCUGCAACUUAUGUGGCCUUCCAUAAUGGAAACAGAAGAUCCUUCGGAGCUUGGGGACUGGUUGAAGCAGCGAGUGUUGGGAAGCGGUGGGUUUGGUGUUGUAACAUUAUGGAAGAAUAAACAGACGGGUGAAACAAUAGCCUUGAAGAAAUGUCGUUCAGGUACUGACAGUAUCAUGACACCAAAACAUAAAGAAAGAUGGACAAAAGAAGUGGAAAUAAUGCAGCGACUUUCACAUCCCAAUGUUGUCAAGGCAAUUCAAGUUCCAUGGGAACUUUCUAUUCUUCGCUCUGAGCUGCCAUUGUUGUGUAUGGAAUUCUGCUCAAAAGGUGACCUUAGACAGGUUUUAAAUAAAAGGGAAAACUGUUGUGGGCUGAAUGAAGCUGAUGUUCGUGCUCUAAUUUCUGAUGUGAAGAGUGCAAUACAAUACCUUCACACCAUGAAGAUUACACACCGAGAUUUGAAACCGGAGAAUAUCGUACUUCAACAAAAGGAAAAAAAGAUUGUCUAUAAGCUGAUUGACUUGGGGUAUGCCAAAGAGCUUGAACAAAGCAGCUUAUGUACUUCUUUCGUUGGCACCCUACAGUAUCUGGCCCCUGAGCUCUUCACAAACAAGCCCUAUACCAGCUCAGUGGACUACUGGAGUCUAGGUCUUCUUUCUCAUGAAGUGAUUACAGGAGUAAGACCAUUCUUACCUAACAUGACUCCAGCUGCAUGGAUGUCUCAUGUACGGAACAAGUCAUCUGAUGACAUCUGUGCAUAUCAAGCUCCUGAUGGAAGUAUUGUUUUUUCCAAGGAACUUUAUGAUCAGAACCAUAUCUCACUAGCCCUGAAACAUGAUAUGGAACGAUGGUUAAAACUUGCUUUGGAAUGGGAUCCAAAGAAACGUGGUCGAGGACCAGGUGAUAAAGUUAUCAUCUUUGAUAUGCUUGACGAAAUUCUCAGUAAGAAGAUUGUGCAGUUGUUUGUAGUGCCAUUGUAUUUGCACUGCAGUUAUGUGGUAGACAGUUCAACAGCACUCUCAACAUUACAAGUGUGGCUUGAACGAGAUACUGCGUUAGCUGUGAAUGAUCAGGAGUUGCUUUUACCAUCAGGCAAACCACCUGAGCCAGAUGCUGGGGCCAUGCAGUGCUGGAAUCAGAAGUGUAUUGAGGAUGGGACUCCAAUGCUGCUGGUCUUCAGAAAGGGUGAGCUGACGUUACCACAGGUUGGACCAAGAAUUCCAUGGACAGUGCAACAGAUGUUGCAGGAGCCACGCACCAAACUGGAAUACGUGCAUCUGCGUCGUGCAUGGGCACAUGCAAGUUUUUUCUUACGCCAAGAAGCAGACUUAUAUCGUACACUCGUUGCAGCAUUUCAAACGAAGAUGAAACAUGUUGAAGAACUGGGGAAUAUACUCACAGAAAACUUGAAAGAUGCAGUGACAAGCUUACAGAGGGUUGAAGCACAAAUGGACAUUGUUCAUAGUAGCCUCAAGCUGGAUGAAGAGAAGGCUGCAGGCAGAGUUAUUGGCUCAGUAAUGCAUCGUUGGUCCAGGGGUUUUGAGCAAAUAAAAUCGCGAGUGGAAACACUACACGAUGUAUUGCUGCAGGAUUUGAAGACCAGGAGUGAAAGAACUUCAUCAAAGCUUCUGAAGUUACAAGAAGAACCACCACCACCUUGGCAGGAUAUGGAAAUGCUAUCAGAAAGUGGACUGAAGUGUUAUGAUCAGCUUCGUCGACGUUCAAGAGAAAGUAGGCAACAGAAAUCAGAUUGUAUUGAAAUGCUCAAGAUUGUCUACAGCUGUUUAAAACGAAGAGAUGCUUUGUUAAGAGACAAGGCAUUUUCUGAACAGUUAACAUUACUUGCUGUUCUUCAAAAAGAUCUUGAGAUGCUCGACAAUCCUAUCAACAGAGCAAUUGAAUUAAUAGAAAAAAUCAGUGUUGAACUGAAAGAGGAACAACUGAAGAGACAAAAUGACAUUUGGAGGUCUGUAAUGGGACUGGAUGCUACACAGAAUUCUGUCGGUCAUGUUUCACCAUCUCCAAGUCUGUACUUGGAUGAGUUGAAAGAGCUUCAAGUUCCUGAACUGACUGUGACUGAUUUCAAGAUUGGCAGUUUCAUGCCAGAUCGCAACCUUGCAGAUGGAAAUCUUAGCAGAACUCACUCAAGAGAGGAAACCCCAACUCCAAAUGAACUGAGAGUCUCCAGAGAGUCAUCACCACAUCUUGCGGGCAGAGUGUCGCCAUUUGCUGCCUCAGAUGCUACAACUAUUGUUCAAGAUAAUUUUGAGCUCAGGUUCAGGACAGAAGAGCUGUUAAAUCAAAGUUUUCAACAAAUUCGCAGUAUAAUGGGCGAUUUCAUGUCAAUGGAUUGGACUCAUUUGGAACAGUGAAGAUGACUGUGCUUUCUCUCUCUCUCUCUCUCUCUCUCUCUCUCUCUCUCUCUCUGUGUGUGUGUGUCUGUGUGUGUGUGUGUGUGUGUGUGUGUGUGUGUGUGCGCGCGCGCGCGCCUGCACAUGGUGAAUUCCUGAUUCUGUGGUAUAAGUUCACAUUUCUUAUUACACAUUAAAAUUCAUCAAUAUUCAGGAGUACAGCAUAAUUAGCUAUGUAAUCCUUGAUUGUGUGGGUGAUUUAGUUUCUGGUGCAGAAGACUAUAAGUGUCAUGUACUAUACAAUUCGCGUAAUUUAAAGCAAGACUGGAGAAGGAGUCACUAUGUUGUAUCAUACCUUCUGUGGCCUACAGUCACACUUGUUUGCUCAGGCGUAGUGCUUUACACUCGUGUCAUGCUAGAAAAAAACCUGUCUACAAUUUUUUUACAAUUUACACAAUACUGAACACUUUUUUGAUAAGAAUGUAACAAUAAAGAUGUGGAGAAAUGACAGAUCGCAAAAUUACUGCCAUGUGUUGACACGGCAAGAAUUGAAAUGUUUGUGUAUUGCUAAAUAAUUUUUAUUUGUUGUGACUGAAGCUAUAUCUUUGCGUGAAUUGAAAUGUAUUUGUUAUACAUUGGUUUAUGUUUUAUAUUCUAUUUUAUGUGCUUAGAUUUCUAACAAUAGUUAUGUCUUGAUGAACAGAGAAAAUAUUGGGUAUAUUGAAGACUGAAUGCACAUUUAUAGAGUUUGUGGUGAAAAGUGAGUCUCACUUCAUUAUAUUUACACAUGAAAGAUGUUUUUUACAGUUUGUUCCUCUUUGUUAUUCACAAGCAAAAAUAAGGGAUGUGUGGAUCAUUUAUCUCAGAAAACUAUUUUGAAAGAAAAUAUAUAUUUUUAGAUUAAAUUUUAGGCCUAGCAAUAGCAAUUUUUUACAAAGUUACAUCUUGAAGAAAUGAAAUACUUUCUAUGCAUUUACUGUAAUCUUUAAAAGGCAUCUAUUUGACAAAGUUAGCUACAGUUUCUUAGAGUAUAGCUGAUUGUUAGUUGCUGUGGGGAAAUAACAAAAAUUAUUUUUCUUUAGUCUUCAGUUUUAAAGCCAGAUGGGAGUUUAGGGAACUCAAGAAAAAAGUCAUUGCAAUAGUUGUAUAAAACUAGAUAGAAAGGAGAGGAAACAGUAAUUAACAAAUAUAGCAAUUACAAAAUACAGUGUAAUACAGUUUUUGUGUGUCAUUAUUGGUUUAUGUUCAGUAAUAUUUCUUUGUCCCAAUUUCAUAUGUAAUUUUGAAUAUUUUAUUGGCUUUUACUGGUUAUCACCCACCUUGUUCAUGAGUAUUGCCAUUUGUUCAAAAAUUUUGUGAUGUUGUAUUAUUACAUUUCCUGUUUGUGAAAGGGCUGUUGUAUUUAUCAUGUUGUGUAGUCGUCCAAUAUUUAUCAUUCUGUGUAGUUGUGCAAUAUUUUAUGAGAGCGAGAACAACCAAAUGUUAUAUUGUUAACUGAAGACUCAUUCAUUUCUUUGACUGUUUAUCUGAUUACACAUGUACAUUGCUACCUUACCAUGGAUAUACUAUCUUUUACCAUGGAUAUACUAUGUUUUUUAGACACAGUCAAAUGAGAUACUCAGUCUCUCUUUACUUUUAGUCUCUCUAUUGUGAGUUACUCCAAUUCAUUUAAAUACAGAGCAAAUAAAUCAUUUUAUGAAACCAA